AGUGAUAAAUUACAAGAACUUUUUUUCGUUUCAAAGUCAUUUUCAGUUUUCGCACAUUAUCUUUUCAGCUUUAGACCAGAAGUGUUGAGAUGAUACUUAAAAGAUAUUCUCGUUUAUUUUUAAAACGUCAUUUUAGGAAAAACUAUUGUUCCCAGGCAGCUUCGGAAUGGGCAACCUGUGAGCCAAAAGUAUUUUCUGGUAUACAGCCAACAGGUAUUCCACAUUUAGGAAAUUAUGUUGGUGCCAUCUCAAACUGGUUGAUGCUUCAAAACAGAUAUUCAGGCAGUAUGUUACUAAGCAUUGUAGAUCUUCAUUCUAUCACAGUUCCUCAACAGCAACAAGAAUUAAGACAAAACAUUAUAGACAUGACUGCCUGUUUGCUUGGUUGUGGUAUUGAUACAAGUAAAACUAUCAUCUUUCAACAGUCAAUGGUUCCAUAUCACACAGAGCUGGCAUGGAUUCUGUCUUGCAUUUGUACCAUACCACGUAUACAAAAAUUAGCCCAGUGGAAGGAAAAGCAAAGUAAAAUCAAAGAGCCAAGUGUUGGAUUACUAACUUAUCCAAUAUUACAGGCAGCUGAUAUCAUGUUGUAUAAAUCAACACUUGUUCCUGUUGGUGAAGACCAAACCCAACAUUUAGAACUGACAAGAGACCUUUCUCGUUCUUUCAACCGUCUACGUGGUGUAUUGUUUCCAGAAUGUACAAUUUUACUAGGUGAUGUUGGAAGGAUCAAAAGUUUACGCAACCCAACAAGCAAAAUGAGCAAAUCUGAACCCAAUGAUAAGAGCAGAAUUGAUUUAACAGAUUCUCCAGAUGUCAUCAAAGUGAAAGUGAAGAAAGCAGUUACAGACUUUAUCUCACAAAUAUCUUAUGACCCUGACAAUCGUCCAGGUGUUUCCAACUUAAUAGACAUUCAUGUGGCCUUGACAGAUUUGAGCCAUGAUGAAGUAGUGGAGGAGUCAUUUCUGCAAGCAGAAGACACCAGCUUGUAUAAAGAAAGACUUGCAGAAGUCAUCAUUGAAAAAUUUUCACCAAUCAGAAAAGAAAUAUUGAGACUCCAGGCUGAUAAGGGUUACUUAUUAGAUGUUUUAAGAAAAGGAUCAGAAAAAGCUUCAACAAUAGCUGAAAAUACUAUUAAAGAUGUUAGGCAGUAUGUUGGACUUAGGUAAACUGUAUUCUAAAUAAAGUUCUUUGUUACUGUUAAA